AACGAUAAAGUAACGUAACUCGGAGUACUUUUAAGUUUUUUCUUUACUUGUGAAUGAUCAAAUGUUAUCACGUGCGCAAUUAAAACUCCGCGGUCUCUAUAAUGUAUUUGGUAUUCUUAAGAGUUUUCAUCACAGUUAUUCAAUUGACGCUGAGUCUUGCAUUACAAAAUGGUAAACACAAUUUGGCGGAGUGGAUAGUUCGACUCAAAGACUCGAUCCAGAAAGACAAAGUAAUGAUAGAUGAAAACCUGGAAACGAUAGGUAACCAAUUGGAACGGACAGACUUGUGUAACGAUGCUUUGGCUAAUUUGAGGAUGUAUAAAACUCUCCUGGAAAACGAGCUGCUUAACCUCACAGCCGCUGUGAUGCAAAUGUCAACGGAAGAGGAGAGGUUGAGGAUUUCAUUGCGAGAAGAACGGAGAACAGUGAAAAAUCUAACUGGACAUGUAGAUGAGUAUUUGAGUGCAAAAAAUAAUUACAGUAACGAGCUGAACCAUUUAAAGGAGGAGAAUAAGAAGCUUGAAAUGCAGCUGGAAAAUCAAACGGCUGAAAUGAGUUUUCAGAAAAUCGUAGACGUACACUCUGGUAUGAAUGUGAUAGAGCUUGUAUUUCGUGAGCUCUUCGGAGAGAAGGAGAGGAUCAAUCAGUGGAGCAAAUUUUUUAAGACAGUGCAAGCGAUAGUUCAUCAGAAGAAUGCAAACACAGCAGCUAAUGAGACAUCCGAAAAACUGAAAAAAACUUUGAAAUCCCCCCCUGAAAGAAUUUUGAAGGACCUAGAAACCUAUUUUCACUCUCCGGAAGAGUUCGGACAAACUGUCGAACAACUUCAUAAACAACUGUCCGAUGAUAUCCAGUCUCACCGUCUAGGCAAACCCUUCGCCGAUGAAAAACUGCCAAAAUUAAUACGUGUAUCACUCCAGAUAAUACUCGAUGCGUUUCUGCAAGACUAACAGAUUAGUAGAAAUUAUUUGAAUACAAAUUAAUCUUAAAGGCUCUUUAUUUUCAGUCGUUGAAAUAUAAGUCAUUAUUGUUUAAGCUAGACAACCAUUACUAACUUAACUUCAACCCCAAAUUAAUCACACUUAUCUGAAGAGAGAAUUCCAAUGAGAAACCUUCUUCAGGAACGAAAGCUUUUCCCUUGUCAUCCGAGGGCUGGAGCGUUAAUCGUUUAACUAGCUACAGAAGCCUCCUCAGCCACAGCCGUGUAAAAUUUCAUAGGUGUCUUAAUUUUAAAAUAAUUUCAUUAAAUUUUCUGACGCCAAA